AGAUAUGGUGCGUAGUCGUCGUUAGACCUCGGAGUGACAUACACGAUAUUUACAUAUUUCGCGAAGUGUAGUACUUAUUUCAUGUAUGUACUUCAUACAAACUUAAGAUAUGAGAAUUUCGACUUCAGUAUCAAUUACAAAUUAAAUUUAGAGCAGAUUAUACAAACAUUGUUUAUAGAACUUAAUUGAACGUAUAGUUAUGAAAUGUCUGAAGUAGGGUAAAUUAACAAAAAAUCAUUUUGUGUUUAGUGAAGUUAAUAAUUUUGUAAUAAGACGUUAUGGGGACUUUGAAAUUUAGAGAAUUAGGAAGUUGGAGACAGCUUAUGAAGAUUUUACUAUGGCUUCAAAUUUUACGAUCAGUUGUAGGACAAUUAUCAUCAGAAGAAGAACAAGGACAACCAUGUGCAGACUUUAAAGCCGGAGACGACGAUUUGCAAGGUUACGAUUUUAUUAGUCGAUUUCGAUUAGACAUUCCUGAAACGCAAUAUCCUGGUGUAACGAGAGUGCGAGGUUCCCAUAGGAUGCAAACGGCGUAUAGACUAGAUAAAGAAGCUAAUUUAACUGUUCCUACAAGGGACAUCUUCCCAGAAGGACUGCCAGAUCAAUUCUCGUUCAUAUGCACCUUUAGAUCAAGAAAAAUUCAAAAAUCGUCUUGGAAUAUAGUACAAAUUACCGAUUUCGAUUCCAAUCCUCAAUUUCUGGUAACAAUAAAUCCACGAAAGCAAACGGUUGAGUUUAGUAUAUUAAAUAAUGUGGGUAAACUGCAAACCUUGUCAUUUAUAAAUGCCCCCGUUUUCGAUAAAAAUUGGCAUAAACUUCAUUUUGGAGUAUCGCAAGAUACCGUCGUACUUUAUGUGGAUUGUGAAGAAAUUAGUCGAAAUACACUCAAAGAACCAAGAGGCCUCAUUGAUGUAAAUGGAUUAAUUGCCAUUGCAAAAUUUUCAGCUAACAAGCAGACUGUACCGGGAACGCAGUUGAUCGACUUGCAGUGGAUGUUAAUGAGCUGUGACCCCACAAGCCCACAGAGAGAAUCUUGCAGUGAAAUUCCAUUAGGCACAGCUCCUCAACAAAAUGGAAAGCCUUCGCCACCCGCAUGUGAAACGCCAUGCCCGCCUGGCCCUCCAGGACGCAAUGGAACACAAGGUAGACAAGGCCCGAUAGGUCCAAUCGGCCCUAUAGGCGAACCCGGUUUUCCAGGAGGUAGAGGUCCACAAGGUCGCCCAGGUCCACCGGGUGUAGCAGGACUGCAAGGAUUACCCGGGAUAAAAGGAGUUCAAGGUCCUCCUGGUGUUCCUGGAACAUCAGGAUUAGAUGGCGCUCGUGGUUUUACUGGUGAAAAGGGUUCAGAAGGGCCGCCCGGCGAGAAAGGCGAAAGGGGAUUAGAUGGUUUACCUGGAGAGGCUGGACCUGUUGGACCAAGAGGUCCUCCUGGACUGGGCGGGACAGGACAAACAGUUGAAGGGCCUCCAGGCCCAAUUGGACCGCAAGGCCCGCCAGGGCUACAAGGAUUACAAGGACCACAAGGCCGUAAGGGCGCAACAGGAGUACCUGGUGUUAUCGGAUUCCCUGGUCCCGUCGGUUUAACAGGAGAGAAAGGGGAAAGGGGAGAUCCAGGACCCGAAGGCAAAAUUGGUCUACCCGGGGAACCGGGAGCACCAGGUGCCAGUCUUAAUGGAAAUACCGUAGAGGGACCUGUGGGCCCUGCUGGUAAACCAGGCAUUCCAGGAAUUCCAGGCAUCGACGGCGCCAAAGGAGAACCAGGUGAACCCGGUUUAAGAGGUGUAAAAGGAAAUAAGGGCGAAGCAGGAGAACGGGGAUUAAUUGGCCUUCCGGGCGCACCCGGUACGCCGGGCUUAGAUGGAGCUAAAGGCCAAAUGGGAUUUACCGGACAACCAGGAAUGCAGGGGCGUAUUGGAUUAACAGGGGCGCCUGGAUUAGCAGGAGUCGCUGGAACACAUGGAUUGCCCGGAGAAAAAGGAGAGCGAGGUGAACGGGGGCCGCCAGGGUCUGCAACUGCAGUAGGAGGUACAAAUGAACCGGGUCCGGCUGGUCAGAAAGGGGAACCCGGGCGCGCUGGAAAGGACGGAGCCAAAGGGGAACCUGGGUCACCAGGUCUUCAAGGUGCACAAGGUUUACCCGGUAUCGAUGGAGCGCCUGGAAUAGAGGGAACUUCAGGAAAGGAUGGUGAAGUUGGUCCAUCGGGUCCACGAGGUGAGCUAGGUCCACAAGGACCUCGGGGACCAAGCGGUUUGCCGGGUAAAAUUGGACCGCCUGGAUUUGUCGGUAAACCUGGGAAGAAAGGCGAGUCCGGAGUACCAGGAGAGCAAGGUCCAGUUGGGCCGAGAGGUUUAUCUGGAAACAUGGGAACACCAGGUUUGCCAGGCUCGCCUGGUUUGAUGGGAUUGCCAGGAAUGCAAGGGAAACCAGGACCUGCGGGAGCGCCAGGAAGUGCCGGCCCAGCCGGCGAAUGUACAUGCGCAAGUAAUUUAAUAAUCGAUGGAUCAGCAGGGAUACCUGGCGCAGUUGGACCUAGAGGCCAUUCUGGUCCACCAGGAAUGCCAGGAGAACGUGGUGCUUCUGGAGAGAGAGGACCGCUUGGAGCUACGGGAUCUCCUGGAAUGCCAGGCAAAGAGGGUCCUCCGGGAUUACCAGGUCCACCUGGCCAGAGAGGAUUACCUGGAAUGCCUGGACUACAGGGAGUUGCAGGUCGCAGCUACAGUGAAGGUGAAAUUCGAGAUAUUUGCGCAUCGGUCUUACGAGAGCGUAUGGACGAAUUAACGCUGGGAUUACGGGGGCCUCCUGGCCCCCCUGGGCCGUCACGUACCGGAAAACCUGGAAAAUCGGGGGUCCCCGGAAUCCCAGGUGACCAAGGACCUCCAGGUUUACAAGGAGAAAGAGGAUUUGUAGGUUUACCCGGACCAGCGGGUACACCAGGUACAAUGGGACCUCCGGGCGAUAGAGGAGAAAAGGGCGAUCAAGGAAUUGAAGGAACUGGCAGUGAAGGACCUAUAGGGCCUCGAGGACCACCAGGUCCAACAGGCCCUUCUGGUGUAGGACUUCCUGGUAGAGCAGGUGACCGAGGUGAAUCCGGUAGACCAGGGUUAACGGGUCCUCGAGGAGCUCCAGGUGCACAAGGUCCUCCUGGAUUUUGCGAAUAUUGUAACUAUCAAGGUGCUGCCUCAUACCAAUCGCUUAGGGUAGCGGGAAAUGAAAAAGGACCGUAGAUACUCGUUUAUUACUUAAAUCAAUCUUUUUCGUGAUAUAUGUAGCAAUAAGAAUUUGUAGUUUUGUUGUAGUUAAUUGUCAUACCUCAAACUGCCUUAAACACUGCCAUUAAACUGAAUCGUACCAAUAAUUUAAUUUCAUAGGCAAAUAAAGUAAUUCAUUACGUGUU